AUGUAUCAAGAAUUAAGGAAUGACAAUAUCUUGCGGCUACCUGAUGAAAAUGGUCAUCGACUGGAACAAGAUGAUGACAGGCUGCCAAACAAUGAGCCAUCUAACGACAGAGAAUGCUCGCAGCAAGACACCAAGGCAGAAACCCGAAAACGAGGCAAUGUCACAUCUCGAUUUGAGACCGAAACCAAUUCUGUACAAGAACACGAUGAAGACUGUCAUCACGCUGGUCGGUCAAAAGAGCAUGGGGAUGAUUUUCAUCCCACAGAGAAACCAGGAGGUUCCGUUAAUACUCAGACUCAAGUGCCCGCAAAUGUGUGCCCUUCUGGAAUGUCUGCUGCUGUGGCUGCUGUCAGUGAUGGCGACGUGGGCAUGAUCGAUGGAAACACGAAACCUGUAUCAAAGUUACCCACAACCGCAACAUCAGCGACAUCCCCCGUGAGUGGCCCAGCACCAUGGGGUUCCACUUUAGACACCAAGCCUGCUACAGACGCAUCUGAAGUAUACUUGCGGCGCCGGCAUGGCUCUGAAGAUAGCUUGGAUAGAGUGAGCAGAGUGUUGAGUAGCGACCGCAGAACUACACCGAAGAGUUCAACCGACGGUUUCUGUGAGAAUGCUCGCAUUGGAACGACCUCGAGCGGUAUAACGCGAAUUGUCGCAGCCAGCAAUUCCGGCGCAGGUACCCCAGCACAACAGGUAGCGGCUGAAGAAGCUAUGGGCGACGUUGCCAAAGAUAUGGUUAGUGAGCAGAUUCUCGCCUCUAGCAUUGAGGAGAAGACUGAGAAACACAUACCGGCUGAACGUGCUUUCUCUGAGGUUCCUCCUACUCCAUCGGCUCCACCUCCGCCUCCACAAUUAUCUCAGCCUCAAACUUCUCCUACAGGGAAGCCUUCAGCCACUAAGGACCAAACUCCUAGUACGCAAGGAGCCGAAGUUCCUCGGACCCCCGGUGCUACCGACAUGGCAGGUACUCGAGUGAGUGAUAUGGUUAAUCACAAAACUACAAAUCAAGUCGUCGCGAUGGCGACGCUGCGAAGUACUGGAGUGGUCAGAAGGCCUGCAGGAACAAGCCCUGCCAGUAGCGUCAUGACAAAGAAUACUUCUGUGCAGCCCAUUGAAGAACCAGAAAAGAAACUGAUCAGCACUGGUACGACAUCACCACCAGCUUCAAACGUUCUCCAACCCGGGGUAGUGCAUUUAUCCCAUGAAGUCGCUCCCUUCCAAAUCGAACACACCAUAGGCAUCCAGGCACCAUCUGAACACUCGCAAACUGUAUCUGAGAAUCCUUCAGCCAGCGCUCCUCCUGGUCAAUCAUUGGAAUCUACAGGCGUAUCCUCGCGUCAGACUGAAGCGUUCAUCGACAUGAUCCAGAAUCAACCUCUGCCGGUUACGGAUAUAAUGUCGAACGAGAGCCGACCACUAAAUCCUCCCACAAAUUCUGCUCAGCAGAGAAGCCUGUCUGUCAAAGUCGUGCCUUCGAGCAGUCUCGGAACUUCUAUAACCGUUGUUGAAAGUGGAAAUGUCUCUCAAACGGAACACAUGGUAUCCCAGAAGCAGAUUCCAUCGAGUACUGCCAGUGCUCCACAGGACAAAACCCUGCCUCCCAAAACCACGUCCCUGGCGAAACCUCGGCCGUUGGCCAAAAGUACUCAAGGUGGAGCCAGAGCCUCGCAAGUACCGAACAGCGAGAGGAUUCGGGACGAGAUCACUAUCAUGAAUAGUUCUGUGCUGAAGCAGACGCCAGCAUUGUUCACUUUGAAUCCCGAGACUCGAAGGCUACCCCCCACUGGAAUGGUUGGAAAGGACGGCCAAACUUCGCAAGCGCCUUCUGCUCCCACUUCACAGAGCAGCAGCAGACUCACCCCACAAGCACCUCUAAGCAAACCUCAGUCCGGCGUGUCUGUUGCCUCGAGAGCACCAAUAAAGCGACCACCUCCAAAUGCGACAGGUCAGGAAACUCUUUCGUCACCCUUAGUUCCCCCGACAUCACGGAACACCAGUGCUGCAGACCUAGAUAGUAGAUGGAAGAUGAUCUCGAUAUCUACGUCUCCGUCAGCAGUCACUGCCAUUAACACAAAGCUUGCGGGCAAGGAUAGUAGGUGGAAAUUACUUCCGCCGUUCACGAAUGCACCUCCAACUCCGCAGAAAGAAGUAGUAUCAGGCCAUGCUAGCAACUGGAAACUUCUUCCACCCUUCGCUCCACUCAUUAGUGCUCCCACACCAUACACUUCCCAAAUGCCAAGGAACACAAGGUCAAUAGGGACACAGACUGUGAGCACAGUAUCAAUGAGCACUCAAACAGCAGCCAAGCUCAGUGCGGCUGUCAAUCCAUCUGCGGCCAGCCAUCCAGUUAAGGUGCCUCCCACAAAAGCACCGAACACAAGGGCUCCAUCAAAUCCAGGCAUAAGUACGGAGCGUCCACCAUCUGCCUCUCCAUCUGGCCCCAUAUCUGCACAAAACUCUGCAACAACAGCUCAAUCCAUCGUACCCAUCGCUUCUACACGACCCCCUAUCAAGAAACCAGCUGCAGCGACUGGUGCACCCACAGCUAUCAAGAAGACGAGGGAGUUAUUGACUCCCGGGACAGAGCAGACCAUUAUCACCCCGAAACCAAUGAGCCCGGCGGCUAGGGCACCCUCCGUGGGAGGUUUAUUGACCGUUCUAGAGCCGAACAGUGAGAACAGAAGAGCAUCUAUGGGUUCUGUGCCGGCACGAAAGCCCUCUCCAGCACUGCCUCCGGAAAUCGCGGCGUGGGUGAAGCUUUCCACUUCGAAGCCAGCACCAGAUUCAGCUGCCCUGGCCACUACAGAACCGAAAACCCCUGCUCCAAAAAGAGCACCUGGUGCGGGUGGGACGGCAGCUGUAGCAUCGAAGCCUCCACCUCGGAGGACGCCGCCCACCACAGGGGGUUCCGCAACUGUACCGUCCAAUGCUCCCGCUCAGAGAGCGACACGAGUAGCAGGUUCACCAGCAGCAGCACCACCAAGGGCGUUUCCGCCUGCACCACCGAUGCCUGAUUCAUUUAAGAAAAUGCCAACAAGGAAGGCUCCCCCUGUGGCUAUCGUGUCAUCGUGA